AUGAGUCGCAAGAGAGACAGACCCAACUUCACGCGCUACGACCGGCCGGCUCCCUACCCAAAGCGGCGUCGUCCUCCUGCUCCUCCUCCUCCGCAGUUCCCACCAGACGAUGUCAAGCCAUCGACGAAGCCUCCCCCGCCGCCUGCGGUGGUUGUGAUGGAUCUAUCUCCGGACUGCUCAGUCCUUGAUCUGAAGUCGCGAUUCUCAAUAUACGGCGAAAUCUCUCGCAUCCGCAUCGAUCGUGAUGGUGUUGGUUACAUCACUUAUCGUUCUAAGGACUCAGCUGAGGCUGCCAUUACCGCUUCUCUUGACGCUUCCUUUGGCAUCACUGUCGACUCUAAAAAGGUACAAGUGUUAUGGGCAACGGAUCCGCUUGUGCAAUGGAGAGAAGGAGUUGGAGUUGGCGGUAAGAAGGGCAGUGGGUCCUCCUCCUCCAAACUCUUGAGGGCUGGGAUACCUUUAAGCAGACAUGGGAGAGGUAACAAGCUUGCUUCAGCGGUAGUGAAUCCAAGUAGUAGUAGUAGUGAUGGUUCUCCUGUGUUAGACGUGCCUUUCAAAGGCAGAGAAAUCAUUGCUUAUGAUGAUAUCCUCUAG